AUGAAUCAGCAGGCAGAAGCAGAUGUAGCAUCUUCAGAGUCCCUGAGGCGAUUGGCGGAGGUAUUGCCGAGGCAUGCCGGCCCUCGCAUCGUCUCUAUUGGCCUGUACCAUCAUGGAGAAUCGCAGUUGGAAAUGAUUCAGGGGCCCAAGUGGAGAUACCUCCAUGCUAUGUUGGGCCGAACUCAACUGCUUGGUGUCCGCCUUGUAAACCUCAUCGAUGUAGUGGCCCCAAAAGAGAGAAUGAUCCGGCAGUGCUACUCGGAGAGCACCGACAAUUUCAGCGGACCUAAUCUUGUGAGAAUGAUGGUCCUCGAUGGAUGCUUCAUCAUUGAGCUCCUCCGUCAAGUAGGGAGGGCCGUACCUCAUAUGGAUAGGCCCCUAUUAUGUAAUACAUAUGUGAAAGCUUGUGUUAUGCAGGACCUUCUACGACUUGAGAACCAGGCACCCUACUUCGUUCUUAAGGAUUUGUUUGAAACGACAAUUGUUCCAGAGGCAACCUCGUCCUUGGCCGAUCUUAUCUUCAAUUUCUUCAUUUGCAUCCUGAAAGGACCUGGCAAUGUCAGGGAAAGACGGAUAAAUCGGAAAGGAGUGCACUUACUUGACGAAUUUCGUUUGAGCUUAAUACCUUCGGAUCAACAAGACAAUCAAGUAAACAAGAGCCCAUCUAUUCCUAUGAUCAUAUCUGCUUCCGAGUUGCGUCGAGUGGGAAUUGGAUUCAAGCAGAGGGAAGCCAACACCUUCCUGGAGAUCAAAUUUGACAGAAAACGCAGAAUUAUUGGAAUUCCGAAAAUAACAAUAGAUGACGACGACCUCAAUUGGAUCCUCCCCAAUAUGGUUGCCUUUGAACAGUGUUGUGGCUGCAGAAAUGAUAGUCAUGUAACUGCCUAUGCCAUGUUCAUGGGAAGUCUCAUUCACACGGUCGAUGAUGUACAACUUUUGCACAAAUGUAAAGUCAUCUCAAAUCAUGGCAUGAGCAAUAGGGAAUUUGCACGCUUCUUCAAUGACAUCCGUAAGGUUGCUCCUUUCGAGCUCGUUGAAGAGAGCUAUCUAGAGUCGCAAUUUGCAAUUUUAAACGAGUCUCUUAAGUGUGGACAGGCUUACCAUUGCCGGGCACAACUCCUAAAUACUUUUCAUGAUAAUCCAUGGUCGGCUCUUUCAGGCUUAGCUGUUGUAUUAACGCUUGUAGGCAUCAUUCAAACAGUGUAUGUCGUGUUGCAAUACCAUUAUCCCAAGUAG